GAACGGUAUGAGUUGUGUCUAUUCUUGCAAAUAACAUGACCUGUUUGAAUAACUUGAACACAAAUUAAACACAAAAAAUUUUAAAAUAAUAAUCGGCGGGGCCUGGUUGCCAAAAGAGCAAACCGUUUCAAUUUUUGAUUUCGAUUUUGGCAGCCCUUCUCUUGUGUUUUUUUUUGCUCAGACGUCAAGUCCUGGCGUUACUGAAAUUCGCUCUACCUGUGAAAAAAGGGCUCAGCUGGUUUCGAGAAAGAUAUCCUGCGUUCCGUACCCGCAACAAAACAAUAGGAAUGAGUGCGUUAUUCUUGCGGCCAGGCCUAGCAGCAAGGGCGCAGCAGUGUUCCUAACUCUGUUGUCCAACGUCUUCGUGGCAGCAUCAGCAUUGUUUAGGGGUUGAUGGUGAUAGACGCCGUGUGCAGCAAGAAAAGGAAAAAUCAGGUGCAGCUACAGUGAAAAGCGGUUCCGUGCAAAAAUGACCAUGCAAAACAGGACCAACAGCUACGCCGAGCCGGGGGGAGAAUUUGCGCCCUGCACGUUGCUAGCGGAUGCCGCAAAUUACACUCCCGAUACCCUUGAUCUGUACCAGGAUCAGGAGGCGCAGCGCUACUGGUUCGCCUGCUUCACUCAGAUGCUGCUCAAGUUCGAACGGCAAGCAUUGAACAGCCAACCAAAGGACGAGACAGCGAAGGUUCGAGCGGAGCAGUUCCGGCACCAUUGUGUGGAGGAGUUUAACAAACUUAAGAACGGCAAAGGCAACUUUUCUACACUAGGCAUUAGGAAUCUGCUCGAAGUGGUGGAAAGUGCGCUGAUAAGGUACGGAUUUCAUGAUCCCUGGAAGGAACAAAAGGCUAUUGAAAAUGACGCUUCGGUAAAUUUGUUGAACCAGCGACUAUCCCAGCUGGACGAGUUGACAUGCAUACGGGAAAAGUGGACGGAAGUCAUUCGGGGAGUCUUAGCAGGUAACAUGUUCGACUGGGGGGCUCAGGCUGUGACACAAAUUUUAGAAACCAACAGCAGUUUUGGCCUCCAGCAGGCCCUCGAUCGGAUACAGCAGAGACCAUGGCUCAUCGAUGAUUUGGACGGUUGGCUUGAAAGAAUAGAGGGUGUACCUCACCGAUGUGCCACCAUUUUCACCGAUAACGCUGGCAUUGACUUUGUGCUCGGAAUCGUACCGCUCGUGCGUGAAUUAUUAAAGCGCAAUACUAAGGUUUUACUGUGUGCGACGGUCAACCCGGCCAUCAACGACAUUACUUUCUCGGAGCUGGUCAAUGUGAUCGAAGUGUGCUGCAAGCAGUGCGAAGUUUUGCGCAUAGCCUACUUCGACGAGCGCCGCUUAGUGCUUCUCGGCAACGAUCAAAUCGGACCGUGUUUAGAUUUCCGAAUGCUUUCAAGCGAGUUGUGUGCAGCCAUCGAGAGAAAUGGAGUGGAUCUUUUAAUAAUUGUCGGCAUGGCCCGCGCUCUACACACUAAUCUGAACGCGAAGUUUACGUGCGAAGCGUUCAAGCUGGCUGUUGUGAAGAACGAGUGGCUGGCCAACCGGUUAGGUGGUGAAACGUUUUCCGUCGUGUGUAAAUAUGAAAGCUAAUCCGGCGUUCUUACUUACGCGGCGUCUUUAAAGAACAAAUUCGGAACGCCGCAAAAGAAACACUUGACCGACAAGUGAAACGAAACUUCAACUGUAAUAAAUAUGGAACAUGUUUAUAUCAUUUCUACAGAAA